AUGUUUAAAGAAAUAGGAAAGGGCGGUUCAAGCAAAGUCUAUCUAGUUUCUUCACAUGCUUCAGGCGAAAUAUAUGCAUUAAAAUGGAUUGAAAUCAAAAAACGCGACGACUUUCAAAAUACAAUCAAUGAGAUCGAGUUACUGAAAUCACUAAAGGAAGAAGAGAACAUUAUUGAUUUGGUUGAUUAUUCUGCUACUCCUUCAACGAUAUUCAUGAUUAUGGAAUAUGGUGAAAUCGAUCUAGCAGCACUGAUUCAGUUACAGGCGAAAAAGGAAUGGGACAUUUUAUUUAUAAAAUAUUACUGGAAACAAAUGCUCUAUGCAGUAAAUGCAAUACACAGAAGAUUUAUUGUUCAUUCAGAUCUCAAGCCUGCUAAUUUUGUAUUGGCAAAAGGUCAGCUCAAGUUGAUCGAUUUUGGUAUAGCAAAGAGACAUGGAGAUGAUACGACAAGUAUACAUCGUGAAAUACAAAUUGGUACAAUCAACUAUAUGUCACCUGAGGCAUUAUUAGAUCUAAAUGAGGGUAACGAUGGUGGCAGUCUAAUGAAACUAGGGACAUCUAGCGACAUUUGGUCAUUAGCCUGUAUUUUAUAUCAAAUGGUUUAUGGUAGGACUCCCUUUUAUCACCUCACAAUAGCCCAAAAAGUAGCAAAUAUCCCAAAUCCGCAAUACAAGAUCAACUUUUCUAAAGAAAUUCUUUAUGGGCCAAGAAAUACGACCGUGCAGAUCCCUGAUGAACUCAUCCUACUACUAUCCCGUUGUUUAAAUCGAUCACCCAAACUUCGACCUACGAUAUCAGAACUUAUAAACCAUCCUUUUCUGACCUCGUAA